AUGACGCUCGCAUCAGAACUCAGUGCUUCUCAUUCUCUUGUCGUUGUAGGAGCUCAGCCAGCCCCGGCGUCUCUAAGGCCUCAGAGGGUACAUUUCCAGUCCCACAAUUUUCACAACGUCUUGCACUGGCGCCCUGGGCGGGCUUGUACCGGCAACAGCAGUCUCUAUUUUGUGCAGUAUAAAAUGUAUGGACAGAGACAAUGGAACAAUAAGGCGGACUGCUGGGGCAUUCAAGAAUUCUUCUGUGACCUAACCAACGAAACGUCAGACAUACAGGAGCCUUACUACGGGCGGGUGAGGACGGCCUGGGCUGGGAUCCUCUCCGGCUGGACCAUGACGCAGCGGUUCAUGCCCUGGUGGGAAACAAAAAUAGAUCCUCCAGUCAUGAAUAUAAUCCAAGUAAAUGGAUCUUUGUUGGUGAUUCUCCAUGCUCCAAAUUUACCACACAGAGAUCAAAAAGGAGAAAAUGUAUCAAUGGAAGAUUACUAUGAGCUAGUAUAUCGGGUCUUUAUAAUUAACAAUUCACUAGAAAAGGAGCGAAAGGUGUAUGAAGGCGCUCACAGGGUUGUUGAGAUUGAAGCUCUCACACCUCAUGCUGUUUACUGCAUAGUGGCUGAAAUCUACCAGCCCAUGUUAGACAGAAGGAGUCAGAGGAGUGGAGAGAGAUGUGUGGACAUUCCCUGAAGUGUGUGGUGUGCUCGUGG